AUGGUUCCUGAUUCUGAAAUUCAUUACUCUCACGCUCCGGUAUCAUUUAAUACCGGUUUUUCAGAACAGGACGAUGCACAAAUGAUCUCAUACGACCCAUCUACAAAUGAGAUCAAACUCAGGAUGGUUUUCUCUAAUUUCCAACAGCUCAAAGCGGCAGUUCAAAUGUACAGUUUAGCCCAUAGAAGGGAAUUCCGUCCUGCGUUCAAAAAGGCCAAGUCAUGGCGUGUUGUGUGCCGAAAUCCAGAAAGUAUACAACCCCCAUGUACUUGGUCAUUGUCUGCAAAAAGCUUAAAAGGGGUCACAGACGAAUGGAUUAUCACCAAGGUCAAAGAGCCCCACACAUGCAGACAUGAUUUCUACCAGGGAGGUUCGGCCAGAAUGUGCACAAGUGCACUAGUUGCCGAUUUGAUCUAUCCAAAAAUCGCCGCCGAACCAGAUUACAAAAUAAAACACAUUCGAGCUGAUGUGAAACAACACUAUGGGUUGGAAAUCACAUACAAAAAAGGAUGGAGCGCCCGUCAGAAGACUGUAGAAAAAAUAUACGGGAAGUUUGAACAGUCGUACACUGAGCUCCCAAAAUUUUUGCAAACCUUGAAGAGUUCGAACCCAGGUACGGUCGUUGAAUUAAAAGUCAACAAACCUGACACCAAUUCGCCGUUUGGGCAUUUUUUGUAUGCUUUCUGGGCUUUUAAGCCAGCGAUCGACGAUUUACAAUUUUGCCUACCGGUUAUUACUGUUGACGAUACACACCUUUACGGCAAGUAUAAAGGGCAUCUCCUAUUAGCGAUGGGAAGGAACGCUAAUAGAGAAAUAUACCCGCUAGCGUACUCCAUUGUUGAUUCUGAAAACGGAGACAGCUGGACUUGGUUUCUCAAUCUGCUUGCAACGCAUGUCUUAUCCACUAUUCCUUCAGUUUGCAUCAUUUCGGAUAAACAUCCCGGGAUAGAUGUGGCAUUUAACAACGUGUCUCAACUACGAAGUUCUCGGGUGAAGCAUCGCUUCUGUUUGAGACACAUUAGAAGUAAUGUGAUGACCAGGUUUAAAAAUUCUCGUUUAAAAGACCUUGUGUGGGAAGCCGGUACUGCCGUUAGCAAAAGGAGAUUCCGUUCAUCAAUGCAAAGCAUACAACAACACUGGCCAGACGCGUACAAUUAUUUGUCUGAAAUCCAGCCCAAAGCGUGGACAUUGUCUCACGAUGGUGGUCACCGGAUUGGCGUAAUGACAACAAAUGCAUCUGAAUCCUUUAAUAAUUCUUUAAAGGGUUGUCGAAUGCUACCAGUGACGGCAAUAGCAACGCUUACUUUCAACAAGUUAGUCGCUAUGUUUGCCGACAGACGUACCGAGGGCCAAUGGAUGCAAGAUGUUGGUUUGCGCUGGCCACCAAUUAUUGGCAACGAGCUACAAAGUAGAGAACAACAGGCGAACAAUGCAACCGUUCAAAGAUUUAAUGACACCAUUGGUUUGUACGCCGUUGCUCUCGCCACAGGAAACGUCUCCCAAGGUUCAGCACCAAAUGUCGAAGUUCACUUACAGAACCGUACGUGUAAAUGCGGAAGGUGGAAGAGUGAUGGAUUACCAUGUCCACAUGUCAAUGCAGUGUGUAACUAUCGUAGGGAACACUAUGACUCGUUCGUGUCUAAUGUGUACUCUAUCGAUAACUACAGAAGGUGCUAUGAAGGUAAUUUCUUUCCACUAGACACAAAUAUCCAGUGGACAAUUCCUUUGACAUGUUUUCCACCACUUUCUGCGAGGCGUCCUAGUCAUCCAGGACAAUGGCAAACACGUCGCUUUCCAAAUGAAAUGGACUUUGGAACUUCUACUAGGACGACAGGGAGAUGUACUGUCAAGCUCGAAGACAUACUUCCUCAGAAUGUCCAACUUUGUAUAACCAAUAGGAUCUAA